UUAGACAGCAGGUAUCAAGUGAGGGCUAUAGAACAUUAUGAAACCAAAAUUUCAGGUGGCCACCAGCUUAAGGAUUACCCUUCACUAGCACCCUGCAUUGAAACUCCUUGUGCGUCCAUUAAUACACACCUAUUAUUAUGUAAUAAUGCUUAUUGUUCCAAAGCUUCUGUCAUCCCACGGUCAAAAUAUAUUCCCAAUGUUGUCCGAGGGCAUUUCAAUGAUUAUCUGGAUGAAACUCGAGAUGGAUAUUUAAGGCACGAAAGUAAAUCAAUUGUUGAUGAAGAAUCCAUGAAUGAUGGAACUUUAAAACUUCAAUCUGCCGCAAAAUUUGACCAGAAGCAACAAGCUUUACGCAAAUCCUGUGCAACUUUAAAAUCGAUCCCAAAAAUAUUUCUCCAUAAAGAUUUUUCGAUGAUGAUUCCGACAACGUUUGCGUCAGUGCUUACCUCGCAAGACGCAACAAACUCGAGAAAAGAAAGUUCGUCAUCGAAAUUGUUGCAGGAAAAGUUGAGUCAUUACCUUGAUAUGGUUGAGGUGGCAAUCGCGCGACAAAUAUCUGUCCAAUCAGAAGCUUUCUUUAAAGCAAUGUCCUUCCAUGAAAAACUUCACGAAUAUCUCAAUUCAACGCUGGUGAAAACGCAACAACUUUUAUUGAAAACUCAACAAAUACGUUCGGCCAUUGUUACUUGCUCGCUAAGGGUUGUCCAACUACACAGAGAACGAAUGAACUCGGCAGACUUACUUACCAAACUCCACCUAAUGGUGACAGUCCAUCAAACGCAACCUACAAUACAACUUUUAUUAUCGACGAACGAAUACGCUGGUUCCCUCGACCUUAUAAGGACAACCCAGGAUGUUUUGCAGCAGGAACUAAACGGAAUCCAAUGUUUCAGACACCUUGGAUGUCAGCUGACCGAGAUGGAGCGUGUGAUUGGUCAAAUGAUGAAGCAGGAGAUGGAGGAUUGUUUCAGAAUUGAGAUAAAUCGACCAAUGAGUGACGGUCAUAUGUGCUCGCAACCCCAUCGUGUGACAGCUGUUACGCUUGGGUUGUUACGACUCGGACAUUUUGAUUUCAUUGAUAGUUACAGGGAGGAAAUUGAAUCAAGUGUUAAACGAAUCAUCAAAGAUAUCGUUUGUGAUGCGGUAAACCAGCAUUGUGACGUCAUCAUGGAGCAUGAGACCUUGGCUGCCAAGAUGAGAAUGUUGGAUUUUAAAUCUUGGGUUGAAAUGUUGGAUUGUGUGUUCGACGCAUUGAUUGUAUUUGUAAGACGAAUGAAAACCUUUAUUGAGUUGGUGAGUGAGGUUGGUUUAGCGUCCGUUGAGCGAGGAGAUACGUAUCGUAGUUCGCGUCGGAAACAUAAAGUGGAACCUCGUGUUGUGGAUGUUUCAACCAACCACGUUGAAUAUGAUGAUUCGAACAACCUUUUCAUUGGAGAAUCCAUGGAUGACCUCGCAAGUUACGAGGAUGAAUUGGUGGCAACUGCCGCACAUUGUUACGUCACAGAAGAUGAUCAACAAUCAUCACAAAGUUCUGAACAGAAUGAAGCCGAAACUACAUCGAAUUGUUCGGAGGAAACGAUUUCAAGCGAGGAUUUUGAGAAAUUGUCGAAAGUUUUGCGUUCGACGCUGUGUUGGGUGGUGGGGUUCCAACAUGACAGAUGCGUCAAAAUCCUCCUUGCGAAAGGAAAAGAUAAUUCACUUGAUAAACUUAAGUCGAGUGAAUUCCUGGUUCUCGCGAAGUCGGUCAAGCGUUACACGAACGAGGCCGAUGCGCUCAUCGCUACUUCGUGUGGAGAUAAUGGCAUUAACGGGCCACUAGGAGGGGCAAUACAAAGUCAAGCUUCAAGGUUUAUUUCAAGGUUUCAUGACGAGAGGAAAAAUAAACUUUCGUUAAUAUUGGAUAAUGAAGUGUGGAAGCAGGCCGAGGUUCCGCCCGAACUUUCACUUUUGCUUCAAAACUUGGUUGACGGGAAGUUAUCGUCGAGUGAGAAUGAGGUGACAAGGUCCGAGGAUCCAACGUCGAGUAAAAGUUGUGAGCUGUUGGUUUUGGACGGACGAAGAUUUGCCGUGGUUGGUACCGUGCUUAUGUUGAUGAAGAUGGUGUCGGAGUAUUGUAGAUGUUGCGAUGACCUCCCAAUGUCGGCAACGGAUUUGGUUCAUCGACUUCGUGACCUCUUGACCUUCUUUAACUCUCGGACAUGCCAGCUGGUGUUGGGCGCUGGAGCGUUACAGCUCGUUGGGUUGAAAACAAUCACCACCAAACACCUCUCGCUUGCUUCACAAUGUUUAGAGCUUGUUCUAUAUUGCUUGCCUUCAAUACGAACACAUUUCGAAUCACAACUCAUGAAAGUUCAUCACGUGAAUGAUGAUCAUAUGAAACAUAAAGCUGUGUUGCGACAUUUUGAUCAUGUGACGAGGAUAUACCAGGAACAUAUCAUGGAGAUUGAAAACAAAUUGUUAGCAAUUGUUGAAAACGUUGUGACGCGAAACAUUAAGAAAUGGGAAGUGAAGGCACCCGUCCCAUCUUCUACAAUGAGAAACAUUUGUAAACAAAUUUGUAAAUUCCAUGAAACGAUUAGAGUUUUACUACCAGAGAAACAAACAAAGGGGAUUCUUAUUCGAUUAAACAAAGAAUUUAAACGACAAAUCCACGAUUCACUUACACAAUGGAAUAUACGUAACGAUGGAGGCCCACAACAUGGGUUAGUUGCGGCGGAUCUUAAGUAUUAUGAACUGUCAAUCAAGGGGCUUCCUGGGAUCGAAAAUGUCGAACUUUUACUUCAAACUGUGUGGGACGCCGUCUAGUGGUCAUUGUGCAAUAUUUCAAUAAAUUAUAACCUCGUGCUCCCUGUCGAGUUA